AUGGCGCACGGUCAUGACGCACACCACGAUGCGUCCUUCUCACCCCCUAAUCCACGCCGUGGCUCGCGCAGCGAGAACGCGGAGCGUGCGAAUCGCAUCGCCUCCUCCCAAGAGCAGCUGCUGCAUGCGCAGCUGCAGCAGCUAGGCCUCGAGUCGAGCGAGUCGCCGCUCGACGCACAGAGCGAAGCACUCCUUCCGCCCCGCCAUGAUGCGUGGAGCGCCGCGCCGGCGCAGUGGGGCACACCGGACCUGGCGGGCGCCUCGCCGUGGGGCCCGCCGCCGCUCGCCCCGAUGCAGUACCACCGCCGUGGCGCGAGCGACGCCGGGGGAUUCCGCUUCCCUUCGUCGCAGCCGAGCUACCAGCCGUCGGAGCGGCCGACGAGUCCCCCGUUUGCGGGUGCGCCCGCGUCGAUGGAGCAGCAGCGGCAGGCGAUUCAGCAGCAGAUCGAGCAGCUCCAGCGGCAGCAGCAGCAGCUCCUGCGCCAGCAGCAGCUCAUGCAGCCCGCCCUCCCGUCGCUCCACGAGGAGGGCGCGGGACGCACGCCCCCCGCGCAUCGCCGCAUCCAGAGCCACUCGGCGACGAGCACCAUGCCGUUGGACCCGAGCCGCGCCUGGCCCCGGCCGGUGGGCGAUCCGCAGUCGAUGCGCACGACGCCCAACUUUAGCUUCCCCCCGCGCCGCGCCGCGAGCGAGACGCACAACGCCCAGGCACAAGAGAUGCCGCAGCGCGGCGGACAUACACGCCACGCCUCGUAUCAGCUCGCGACCGAGCUCUCGCCCGAGUUCCUCAUGGCCGGCGGCGGGAUGCUGAGCCUCGCGAGCCUCGGCCUCGGCGCAGGCCACGGCAGCGACCUCGCCGACGGCUUUGGCGAGGCGCCGGCGCCGCGCCGGCCGCACACGCGCUCGAGCAGCAUGUCCAGCGCGCACGUUCCGGUGCCGGCGAGUGGCGACCUCAUGGCGAGCCUUCCCCAGGCCCAGGCGCAGCUUGCUGCGCUGCACCGCAGCCGCCUGCAGGCCGGGCCGGGGGUGCACGCACGCAGCGCGUCCUACUCGGGCAACCGCAGCACGUCGAACGGCAGUGCGCCCCGCAAGGCGCUCUUUGGCAGCUACUUGCCCCAAGCGAGCCUGGCGCCGCUCCUGCUCACUGGCAAGCUCGUGGUGGGCAUUUUGCGUGUGAACAAGCGCAACCGCAGCGACGCGUGGGUCACGACCGAGGUGCUCGACAGCGACAUCUUUAUCAGCGGCUCCAAGGACCGCAACCGCGCGCUGGAAGGCGACCUGGUCGCCGUCGAGCUGCUCGACCCCCAGGAGGUGUGGCAGACGAAGCGCGACAAGGUCGACAAGAAAAAGCGCAAGGAAGAGCACGCGCACGGCACGCCGUUCGCCAACGGCCGCCGCAGCGACAAGGCGCGCGACGAUACCGAGGUCGAGGGCGCGCAGCUCAAGCUCGUCGAAGACGAGGAGGAGAGCGAGAAUGCGCCGCCCGCGCUUGCGGGCCAUGUCGUGGCGAUCGUCGAGCGCGUCCCGGGCCAAAUCUUCCCGGGCACCCUCGCGCUGCUGCGCCCGUCGAGUGUCGCGACCAAGGAGAAGCAGCAGGCGGAAAAGGGCGGCCAGGACGAGGAGCGCGAGCCCGGCCCGCGGCCCAAGAUCGUGUGGUUCCGCCCGUCAGACAAGCGCGUGCCCCUUAUCGCGAUCCCCGCCGACCAGGCGCCGGCCGACUUUUGGAACGAGGCGCACCAGGAGAGCUACAGCCGGUGUCUGUUUGUCGCGUGCAUCAAGCGGUGGCCGAUCACGUCGCUGCAUCCCUUUGGCACGCUCGUCGACCAGCUCGGGCCGAUCGGCGACCUGGGCGCCGAGGCCGAGGCGCUGGUGCGCAGCCACUGCAAUGCGCUCGCGGGCGAAUUUGGCGACGCGGUCCUCAAGGCGGUCCCCCCCGCGUCGUGGACCGUGCCGAGCCAAGAGUACGCGGCGCGCCGCACGUUUGGCGCGACGUCGUCGCCCGGUCUCGAGGCCUCGGCCUCGGACGUGUAUGCGAUCGAGGGCCAGAGCGAGGUCGCGAUCAGUGUCGGCGACCAGGGCGGCCGCACGCUCGUCGGCGUGCACUUUGCGGAUAUCGGCUACUUUGUGCGCCCCGGCUCGGUGCUCGACCGCGAGGCAAAGAAGCGGGGCGAGCGCGCCGUGCUGGUCGACCGCGCGUACGAGAUGCUCCCCCCCGCGCUCGCCGCGCACGCCGCGGGCCUCGUUCAAGGCAAGGACCGCCUGGCGAUCUCGGUCGUCUUUACGCUCGUGCAGAACGACGUGCAGGACAUUUGGGUCGGCAAGUCGGUCGUGCGCGUGGCCCAGGCGCUGUCCUACGCCGCGCUCUCGAAAGCGAUCGACGCGUCGCCCAGCCUGCAGUGCGCGUCGCAGUUUGCCACGGCGCUGCACGCCGAGCGCACGGCGGCCGGCGCGCUGCCGCUCGACGAGCCGCGCCUGCGCUUUACGCUAAAAGACGGCCGCCCAACGGACGUCACGACGACGCACCCCAUCGUGGACGAGUACGAACAUACCCUUGUGCACGAGCUGGUGCUGCGUGCGAACACGGCAGCGGCACACUGCAUUGCGUCCUCGGCGCCUGACCGUGCGCUGCUUGUGCGCGCCGACGCGCCGCACGAGCGCGCGCUACAGACGCUGCGCGCGCAGCUCGUUGCGCUGCGCAUCCCCGGCAGCGACACGCUGACUCCCCAAAAUCUCCCUUCCGUCCUUGCGCACGCCCCUGCCGAAGCGCGGGGCGUCGCGCAUGCGCUUGUGGUCAAGGCCGUGCCUUCUCCCCGUUUCUUCUGCACGGGCAUGGUCGACAUCAGCAAAUUCGGGCACUAUACGAUCCCCGCGCCCGCAUAUACCGAGAUUUCCGCUCCUUUUUCGCAGUAUGCCCAGAUCGCGGUGCACCGCCAGCUGGACGCGGCGCUCGGCGGCACUGCGGACGAGCUGGACGCGGAAGCCGUGUCCAAGAUCGCGCAGCAGGCCAACGCGCGCCACAAGGCGGUCGCGCUCGCGCAAGAGCAGAGCGCACACCUCUUCCUCUGCCAGCUGCUGCAGCCCGCGUGCCUGGGGCCGCUCAAGCGCUCGGCGGUGGUCAUGUGCGCGAGCGAGCACUAUAUCGACUUGCUCGUCCCCUCGCUCACCGUCGAAAGGCGCGUGCACCUCGACUCGCUCGCGCUGGAGCAUGUGCACUUUGACGCGGCCCGCGCCACCGUAUCGCUUACGUGGCCCGACGGCGCGGCGCAGACGCUCGCGCCGCGCGGCCACGUCGACGUGGAACUGCACGCGGACAUGGAAAAGAGCCCGCCGGUGCUUACCCUCACCCUGUUGCGUUCAUAG